AGGCAAGCCCUUACUCAACCAGACAGCACAGUAGGAGGUGCCACUUGGGAAUUUGGUUCCGUCUCCUGCCUCCAACUUUUUUUCCUUGCCUCCUCUUCAUUUCCCUGAUUGCUCUGUCGGUCGCCUGUUCUCUAUUGUCCUUGAUCUGGACUGCUGAGGGUCUCACUGGCAGUCCUCCCCCAUCCUCUUGGUUCGUAACUGAAAUUUAGGCGGAGUGCCUCCACUGGAACGACUUGCACGCAUGCGCCUCGCUUCGACGCACAGACGAGAACCAUCUUGCUAAAUCUCCGACAUUGACAUUCAAAACUUGGGACGAACGACAAGACUCCUUGACGCCCUAUACGACCACGCAAGACACUCUGCGUUUGGAUGUUCUCACCUCUGGCCCGGUAAUUGUCAUCGCGACACGGCUCAACAAUGUCACAAUAUCCCCUUCCAUCCGAUAUUGACACUCCGUCUCGCCUAUUCGGAGGCGCUGCUCGACAGUCGUCCAAUAGACGCAUACACCAGAUUUCGAGCCCAUAUUCACGUCCUGCAUCGUACACUGGUCCCAGUGCUUCGACUCAAGGCGGAGAUGCCGACUCGACAUUCGGAUCUCCGGCUGGCGCAAGUGGCAGUCGGGCUGCCGGGUCAUUGAUUUCUUCAGCAUCCACUCGAGACCUCCCACACUCGGUAUCAACAAGUACAGUUGCGAGUGGUAUGACUCGUUCAGGAUCACUGCCAUCUCUCACCAGCACACCAUCUGGAGGCAUUAUAAGUGGUUUCAAGUCGAUCUUCUCCAGGCCCCUGCAAUGGCUCGCAACGCCUUCCAGGGGGACAAAACGAGAUGCUGAUGUAGAGGAUCAAGAAUCUCCGGUCACUCAACGACGAGCUAACGGCCAUGUGGAGCCAGCUACUCGACAUGAAUCACGCCUGACCCAUACAAACAACAUGCUACCUCCUCUUCCACCCAACGUCGUCCUAUCGCCUCGAAACAGAGUCGCAGCGACUCGUGGUCAGUCUUCUCGACUGUUGCACACUGUCCGCUCUCUGCCUCACCUCGACCCUCCUGGAUCAGUCUUCAAUACGCCAUCCACUAGCACCCGCACUUCGGGCGUAUUGACGAGAUCGAGGCGAGUCAAUACGGAGGAGAUGGAUGAAGCAGUCCAGGCGAGCGAUAAUGAGACAUGGAGCCCAUGGAAGGAUCGAAAUCGCGCUGCCUCCCCAAGGGUGCUGCCUCCAAGGAGUGCCACGCCUUCAAAACGAGGGUCAGCAGCUGUAGAGCACCCACUGCCUUCCCAAUCUCCCUUCCGUCCGACCAGGUCUCCGUCUCAGCGUGCUAAUGGUGGUGGACUUGCGCGAUCCAACACCACUGCCAAUACGACUAGCUUUGCAAGAGCUGGCAGUGUCAUGUCGGACAUCUCCAUGGGCAAGGAGUCGAUGAGAAGCCCUCGUAGAGGAGCUUCAAUGUUGUUUGGUCAACGCGAAGAUAAUAUGAGUGUAGACGGGGACAGGCCAGGGUCAUCUCUCGGGUUCUUCGCCAGGGAACGUUGGGAAAGUGGAUCAGCUCGUCCUGAUUCGCCAAUGAGGAACGGGACACCGCAGCGACGCGGUCAGUUAAUUUGGGACGCAGAGAAGGGCUUCAUCAGGGAGGAUGAGCUGUCCGGCAAUCGUGCUGCUGCCAAGCUGGUAGGGAAGAACGAAGCAGAGAGAAUCCUCUUUGCUUUGGAAGCUCAACGCUCGACUCCAUUGAGAUCUGCUUCGCCUAUCGUACCCGGCGGAUCUUUACCUCCAGAACUCAUCGGCGCUUCUUCGCGGACACUUCGACAGGCCAUCAGCGUGCCCCUCGCUACUGCCAUGGCAGGUGAGACUGCCCGUGGAAGACGAGACAAAGAUAGGUCGGAAAACAAGGCAUCAAUGAUGAUCAGUCCAUAUGGAAGGCGCCGACAGGUGGACGACGCAACUAGAGAUCAGCGUCGGUCCGAGACUCGCCAGCGUGAUGAAGAAUCUACAGCUAGCUCAGAGCCUCGGCAAUUGACGCCGUCUGAUCGAACGAGUCGAGGCGAGACGGACUUCUCGAUGCAUUCCGAAAGCGAGGCAGAGGUCGCUCCUACGCCCAGGCGAUCGUCCAGAAACAAGAGGCGAGAACAGACACCGGAGCAGACCACGCCGAAGGCGCGCAAGACAGGGAAAGGGAAAGCUGCCGGAGCGUCAGCAAGAGAGAGCAAACAGGACUCCCCCACCAAAUCGACGCGACGUUCGAAACGGCAUGCUGAGCGAGUCAAUUCGCCUGCGCCCCCUGAGGCGGACAAGUCUGUGCCUCCUGUCCCGGCUGUCCCGACCAUCACUGAGACCGCCCCGUCGCCCGACACCAAGUCGCACUCGACCUACGCCCCUCGAGCCGAGGGAGAGGUCUCGAGGGAAGCGUCCAGUCUUCGGGCCAAAUCUAACGUCACCAAGAGGACGCAUACUGCUUCGGUUAGCUUGUCAAAUUCUAGGGCCACUUCGCCGAGCUCUUCCGGUCGUUUUUCUGCUAAAGAAGAGGAUUUGCCGCCAAUGGAGGAAUUGGAAGCACCCAAGAUUCCUUUCAAUUCCUUUUCUGGCGUGUCAUUUGCAUUGGAUAAGCCUGCGCCGAAAACACAGACCUCCACACCGACGUCCGCGCCCCCCGCUGCCUCAACGAAUCUGAGCAGUCGAAUUGGACCUGCGAAGAAUGAUCAAAGCUCGCUCAACGUUCCUAACAGAGUAUCUUCUGGUCCAUUGUCCCGGAUCAAUUCGUCUCGGCCCCGGGCUUCCUCGCCUCUGGCCUCUGGAUCGAUUGUUGCAGCACCAGAAUCUCCGCCCUCUGUACCUGCACCUCCGGCCGAGCCGCCCGCCGGUGGCAUCUUCCCGCUGUCGUCGUCCAUGCCUUCGACAACGCCUACCAAACCUCCGCCUUCGUCCUUAUUCGCGGGUAUCGGGUCGAAUGACGCGCCAAAGAAGUCACUUGGAUCUGGUCUUGGGAAACCACCCCAGGCUGAUAGUUCUUCCUCGGAAGUGCCAGACUUUUUCGGAAGAAAGGCACAGGCGAAUUCCGGUACAUCCACUUCGACCACCAGCCCUUUCAAUUUUGGUGUGCCAUCCGCACCGCCUCAACCAACCCCCGCGGCUCCAUUCUCUUUCGGUGCGCAAGCUUCUACCAGCGGAUCAAGAGACGCGUCUAUUACUCCGGCUGAGCCGGCCAAGGCCACGCCAGCGGCAUCUUCACCUUUCUCGUUCGGCACCCCAGCAGCUGCGCCAACAUCCACGUCGAAGCCUGCAUUCUCGUUUGGUUCCUCUUCGGCUGCUCCCAGCUCCCAGCCUGCUGAGCCCAGUAAGCCGUUCGGCGGCUUUACAUUCGGUCAACAACCUCAGGACACUGCAAAGCCUGCGCCAAAGCGUGCUGGCGAUUCCAGCGGGACUGAUGCCGGAUUUUCAUUCAGCAAGCCGGCGGAGUCAACACGAGCAGCAGCCAAACCCGCAUUCUCAUUUGGCACUACUUCUGCCCCCGCUCCUCCCGCUCCUGCACAUAUGACAUCGGAGCCAUCCAAACCUGCAUUCACCUUUGGUGCACCGCCAUCGGCUGAGAAAUCGAAAGACGAUGCUCCUAAGCCAUCCGGGUUUACUUUCGGCGCUCCCGCAAACACGACGCCUGCAGCUGCUCCAGCUGCAGCGCCUUCAUUCACUUUCGGCAAGCCUACUGAAGCUGCGGCUGCAGCUCCGACCUUUGGAUUCGGAUCAACGAGCACGACUCCGAGUUCAGAACCCAAGAAUAAUCCGUUCGGAGGUGGCGUGAGCUCGACUUCGAGCUUUGGAGGGUUUGGAAGCGCAGCUCCCGCGGCAAAUGCCACAUCCUCAAUCGCCCCCAGCACGAGCAGCCCUUUCGGUUCCACGCCGUCUGCUGCUCCCGCUUCGACCGGUUUCACUUUUGGCGCCCCUUCGAUCACUGCACCUCCAGCUAAUCCAUUCGGCGGAGCAUCAGCCUCGAGCAACCCCCAGGUCAAUUCAUUCGGAGGAGGAUCCAGCACACCGACCAACCCUUUCGGCCAAUCGCCGAUGCCUACUCCAUCUCCCGGUACGGGCUCUGCUGGCUUCAAUUUCAAUUUCGGCGCUGCGCCAUCCGCUGGGAAUGGAGUUGCAGCCGCUCCGUCGCCAUCCUUCGCGUUCGGACAGUCAUCACAGCCUUCGCCGUCUACUCCCUCGUCCACGCCAUUUCAAUUCGGCGCCGGGUCGACCCCGCAAAGCACCGGGUCGACCUUUGGAUUCGGUAAUGCCGCUCAGACUACCCCAGGUCAGAGUCAACCAUUCGUAUUUGGAGGAGCUGGAGGAGCAGUGAAUGGCGCGCAGAACAAUGCUCCGAGAUUUGGUAGUCCCGGACCAGGCGGACCACCGCCAGAAAGUCCUGGAGGGUUCAGUAUGGGCGCCGCGCCGGAGAGUCCAAGUGGAAGGAAGAUCAAGCCUUUGAGACGGGCUAAGAGGUGAUCACGAUUUGAGAGGAGACGCAACGGGAAACGACUGCACAUGCAAAUACAGAGUUAUUUAAGGUUCACGGAGAAUGGUUGACGAAGAUUUGGAUGCAUCAAUGAGCAU